GUAUCAGAACCCGCUUGUUCGGAGUGACGUUUGAACAUUUAACUACUAGGUUACGCCACCACUCAGAAGACACCAUAGGAACACAUCCUAUAAAAGCAGCAAGACGCCCAGCUUUGAAGUGUGGGAGUCCGGGUGGAGAAACCAAGGUUCAUCAAGAUGUGGAAAAUGAUGACAUUAUCGUUCCUCAUGUACAUCUUCACAGCAACACCUAUCAGGGUUCAGGUUGCUGCUGAUGCUGCUGUUGCCUGUGCUGCCUGCACCGAAAAAUAUAAACUAGCUGGAGAUACGGAAUGUCCAAAUUUGAAAACGUACCUUGAUUGUCUCGAAACUGCUGCGGGAACCACAGAUGGAUGCACACUUUCACCAGAAGAUGCCAAGGAAAUCACAGACGCUACUUGCACGUCAGGUUUGGAUCCACCCUGCCAAUGCCAAAAAGAGUUCUGGGGAAGCGAUCUAACUGACGACAAGGAAUGCGCGGCUCUGAAGACCUACAUCGGCUGUCUCAACAAAGACGCAACUAAAUUUACAUGUGAUGGUAGCACCUUAGCCUCUGUACUAGUUACCAAACCGCAGGGGAGGUCGGAUUCCAAGUGCAGUACCACCAGCACCAGCACCACCAUCACAACAACAACAAAAGGUUCCGGAGCUUCUCAACUGAGAGUGUACAGUGCCAUAGCUCUCUUUCUUCCCUUCGUCCUUACUGCAUUCCGACUUUGACCGACCCAGGAAUCGCACAAAACGCCUGCUUUCCAAACGUCUAUCGAGUGUCGUCGCUUAUUAACUGUCAAAUUAAUUACUCUGUACGAACAUCAUGCUUAAGACUCCAGAUAGAUGAAAACGUAAAAUUAUUAAGAAUGUUUGCGGUUUUGUUUUAAUCGUCAUUGCAAGAAUAUUGAUGUAUUUUUAGUGAUGACAUUUUCAAGUCUCUUAAUAUUGUGUGCAGUGCAAGAGCAGGUAAUUGUACAUAACUGUUAACUUAUUGGGUGUGAUAUGUACAAAUUUUGAAUUAAGAAAUGAAGCUGCUGCAAACUGACUAACGGGGGAAAAUCUCCAACGUACAUUUAGGCACGGCUGAAUAUGUUUCCUGGUGACUCGAGCCUCCCCAAGAGGAACACUGACGAUAGAAAAUGUCAUCAACCCUUUAGACACUUUGGCAGCAGAUCUGUCAAUUUGUGCAUGGUAUAAGUUUUGUUGGAUUAUGAAUUUACCUAUGUGAUUGAAGAAUAAUCCUCGAAUAAAAGUUAUUUGCAAUA